AAACAACAAUAACAACAACAAUAAAACGAGGCAGCAUGAGCGGGCGCAGCGAAAAGCGCGUUGCAUCGCAAUUCUUUUUGUUUCUGUCAGGUUAUGUCAUUUGUCUGUAAACAGCUUUACUCUCAUUUGACUCGGUUUUCGAUCUGCUGUCGGCCAACGAUGGUCAUGUCGCUGUUCAACUCAGAGAGGUUUUCCUCCAACCGGAGAUUGUCAUCGUCUUUACCAACUAUCAUUCAUGAAGUUGAAGGAGAUCUCUUCACGGCGAGACGAGACACCUCUUUGGCUCAUUGUGUCAGCUCCGACAUGAAAAUGGGAGCAGGUAUUGCGAUACACUUUCGGUCAAAAUUUGGGCGUGUAGAUGAUCUUCUGAGUCAAAAUAAAACGGUUGGAGAAGUGGCCGUUUUGAAAGAUAGUCAAAGAUUUAUAUUUUAUCUAGUGACAAAGAAAAGGUACUUUAACAAGCCUACUGAAAGGACUUUGCAAUGCUCUCUUUUGGCGAUGAGAGAGGAAUGCCAAAAGUUAGGUGUCACAAAGUUAGCUAUGCCUCGCAUUGGCUGUGGUCUUGACGGUUUAAGGUGGCCAUCAGUAUUCCACCUACUAACAGAAGUAUUUGAAAACUGUGGUAUGGAAAUCACCAUUUACAGUAUCCCAGAUAUGAAACGGAAGUCAGUGACACCAAAUCUAAACAGAUCUCGAGAGAACUUCCGUAAAUUCUUUGAACCAAAUAGGCCAUAUUCUCUGCCAGAAAGUACCAUGCAUUCUAAGCGAAAAUUCCACACGGAUUCUGCUGAAGAAGAUUUUGAAACCCCAAAGAGAAGAAAGCUUAUGACAGGCAGUCCUCAUAAAAGUAAAUUUGUAAGAGGAGGUGACUUUGAUGCCCGUUCUCCUCCAAAGAAGAAGUCUUCUGCCAAUAGGAGCUCUGAAACAAGUUUGUCAUUGAUCCACAGAAAAGUAGAUUUAGGGCAUGAUUUCCUUGAUGCUGAAACCCUCAGUUCCUUCUCGGGAGACUGUCCAUUCCAAUCAAGUCCUAUGAAGAGAAAUAUGACAGUCAGUUCUCAAGAUAGAAAAUUUACCGCUGAUGGUGACUUUAAUGCCCGUUCCCCUUCAAAGAAAAAGCCUUCUGGCUUCUUGAGCUCUGAAACAAGUUUCUCAGUGAAUCUCAGAGAAACAGAUCUAGAGUAUGAUACUUUUGAUAUUGAAACUCUUAAUUCUUUCUCUAGAGAUUGUCCAUUCCUAUCAAGUCCUAAGAAGAGGAAUUCUCUUCUGUCCCCUCAAACCAACUACAACCUGGAUUCAAGAAAGUAUGAUACAUCCAUGCUCCCUGCCAUUCCCUUUUUAUGUGAAAAGGAUCAAGAUGAGAGCAACAAAACUCAAAAUCCUGACUUCUCUUUAGAGGGCUCAGUUUAUUCCAGUAAAAUCUCUAAAAGACAUUCAAAGUAUUCUAAAAAGUUGGACAAGCAUUCAACUUCGGUAAAGGAGGAUAGAAAAGUAUAUUAUUCUUCUAGUGACCAAGAGGAAGAAUUAAGCAAGGAGAAUUCAAGAUAUUUGCGUGAUCACAAAAGAGCAAAAUCUGUAUCCUCUUCACCAGAUAGGGAAUACAAGAAAGUGACUACACCCCCAUCAUCAUCAUCAAAGAAACACAAAAGAAGAUCCUCACCUAAGAGUCACAGUGAAGAGAAAUAUAAGAAAGAAAGAAAACUAAGAUCCACCUCCAAGAGUCAUAGUGAAGAGAAAGUCAAGAGAGAAAGUAGAAGAUCCUCUUUUAAAAGUCACAGAGAAGAAAAAGCUUCUAAAGAAAAGAGAAGAUCAUCUUCCAAAAGUCGCUGUGAAGAGAAAAGUAAGAAGAAAAAGAGAAGAUCGUCUUCCAAAAGUCGCAGUCAAGUAAAGGUUAAGGAAGAAAAAAAGAGAUCAUCUAAGUACAGCAGUGAAGAAAAACUUCAACAAGAAGAGUAUAGAUCCUACAGCACUGCAAUCAAACAACCCCUUGAUUCUGAUUCCUCUGAAAGCAGUCAAGCUAAACCUCAAAUAGUCAGUGAGCGGUUUCCUUCAUUUAACAAGAAAAGGCCCUCUGAAGACAUAAGUGAUUUUUCUGACGAAUCAGUUGAAAUUAAACCUAUCACUCUCAAUGGCAUAUUUCAAAGAGACAAUUCAAACCGUCCUCCAUCAAAGUCCUAUUUGGACUUGCCUAGUGAUGAAGAAGAGGCAGUGUAUAGAAGAGAAACAAAGAAAGGGAGGCUUGCUUCACCUCUAAAACGUUCACCACUCAAGCAUUCAAGACGUCGGGAAAAACCACAAGAAGACUCAAGCAUGGACAGCUAUUCAAAGGGCAGAUUGGGAGAGAUAGCUAGAACUCCUAAUAAGGAAGAUGAUUCUUUGUACAAGAAAGUGAAGACAACCCCAGAUAAACCAUUCAGAAAACCACGGAAUUCUGAUGCUGGGAGAAUGUACAGUGAUAAGGAGACUUCUAGUGUCAGUGUGAAACAGAGAUUAUCAUUGAGCCGCUAGAUAUGGAAGAACCAAGGAUUCAAUUGCCAAUGUGUUCAUCUGCAGAAGUAAGAAUUUUUGGAAUUCUGUGUCUGCACGCUUUUUUUUCUUUCUAUUAUAUACAUAUCAUCCUGUUGCAUCUAUGUAUUUGCAAUCAAAAGGUCACUGUCUCACUCUAUGAUUUGUUAAAUUUUUGCUUUUAUUUAAUAAAAGUAUUCUUUGCCAA